UAGCGAUCAAGUGGUCUAAGUUUAUUGUUAACUUGCUGCUGUUGCAUUGUCAUCCAUUAUUGAGUAUACGUUGUAAAAGUUAUAAUUAGGAGAAAAAUGGAAAAACAAGCAUAUACAGAGCAACCCCCACCUUACUCGGCGACUGUGCCACCACCACCAGGGCCACAAGCUUAUCCUCACCCACAGCCACAACCACAACCACAACCUACUCAAGGAGCUUUCCCCCCACCUCCACCGGGCUACACACCCUAUGGUACAACACCACAAGCAAAUCCAUAUCUACCCAACUAUGGUGCAACCAAUAUAAUAAUACCACCAGCCAUAAUAGCAGUUGGUGCUUGUCCUGCCUGUCGAGUAGGUAUACUAGAAGAUGACUUUACUUGCCUUGGCAUUUUAUGUGCUAUCCUCUUCUUUCCUUUGGGUAUCUUGUGCUGUCUCGCUUUGAAAAAUAGGAGGUGCUCAAAUUGUGGUGCUAUGUUUGGAUAGAAUUGGGAUACUCUAAAAACAUCUCAAAGGCUCCAUACUUGAGGAUAUUGUUUGUGCUGCUUAACAUAGAGUUAGUUAAAUAUUAAGUUUGUACAUCUUAAUUUAUGAAUUGUUUAUACUCGGAAUAACUACACUUUCAAUAAAUUUUAUUCUAAUUAACAUAUCUACAAUAGAAAUUCAAGGACAAAUUAUAACAUGUAACUCUAUGUUAAAGUGCACAAACAUGAAUAAUGUUAAAAAAAUAUUACCGUCCAACUUUUCAUGUUAGCUAGAUUAUAAAAAAAAAUGGGUAAAAUAUUUUUUUAUCAAGUAACACUGUCAAAUUAUUAAAAAAAUUGUAUGGAGCCAAAAAUGUAAUCACAUCACUUGUUUUCCAUCACUGAAACAAAUAUAUAGAAAAUUAUGUUUUUCAUAAAUCAGACCGUCAACCUAUUAUAAAAUUUUCUUUGUUCUCCAUUAAUAGGAAUAAUGUACUUAAGAAAAAACUUGUACAUGUCACACUGCCGGGCAAUGACCUCGUUAUUUUAUGACAACUAUUUACCUUGAAACAUAUUUUGUAAAUUUAUAAUCAUCAAGUACUAGGAGGUACAGUCAGCAGUAAAUUGACAAAAGUAUAUGUAAUGGGUCUAUGUCAUGGAGAAGGUGACAAUAUCAUAAAGUGAUUGCUUACUUAUUGAUAUUCUAAGUAUAAACAUAAAGAUUCAAAAGUUUUAUAAUUGCGUUGACGAAACAAGAUUUAACCGAUUGCAAAAAUAAAAACUUUUAAAUUCUAGAAUGUUAAAAUUUCUUAAGCUAUUAAAAGGUUUUAACAUUAAUUCGUUUUGUGAUAUAUAUAUAUAAAAUAUGAAUAUGUUAUCUAAAUUGCUGAUAGUGAUAAACAUGUCUAAUAUGUUUCUAUUGUUUGAUAGUAAGAAGCGUUUAUCAAAUAUGAAGUAGUUUUCAAAGUUCCUCGUGAGUACUAUAAUAAAUUACGAUAGACAAAUGAGAGUCCACAAGACGACAAGCAUCGACUGACGGACCAAUCGCUUGCAGCUUCGUCACCCCCGACUCCUUCUUUCCUCCAAAGAAACUUAAAAAUGUACUGCGCAGGUCAGGAUUAUUAUGCUCACGACUCAUGCCGCUCACUACAUCCAUAUUAUUUUAGAAUUAGGUACUCUUCUUACUAUCUUUGGUUAUAAAAUACAAGUUGAUUUUACUGAUAGUAAUUUUUAGUAAUACUUGAUUGAACUGAUAUUUUUCAUAAUCAUUCCACAUUUAAAAAGGAAAAUAAAACAUUAGUGCCAUGACAGAAACAAUAAUAUUAAUUGAAAUGUGAUUAUCUCCGUUAUUAAUACUUAUUGCAAUCAAAUAAUAUUUUAUCGAAGUUAUUAAAUACAAUUUUGUAAAAUAAUAAGCAAUAAUUAUAAUGUAAUUCUUAAAAUAUUUUAUCUGAUUAUAUAUAAGAGCUUAAAAUUGUGCAAAUUUCAGUAAAAAAUAACUAAUGAAACCUACAUUUCGAUUGACGUCACAAUGAGAGUUACUUUUAUAGUUCACUUCAAAAUCAUUUUCAUUUUCAAAUAAACUGUAUUUUACAUCAACAAAUGUAAAAUUACAUUUUAUUUCUUUAAAUGGACUGUAGUUACAUACAGUGUAUUUUUAUUAUGGUGCUAGCAAAGAUAAUACUGUCAUAUUUAAAACACUUGAAACGUCUGCCAAUAAUAUAUUGGCGGUUAAAACUGAAUAUAGUUGUUUAUUUUUUUUUAAAUACAUUAAUUUGAAGUACCCAACAAUUGUGUUGAGAGCACCAUAAUUUUUUUUGUAUUAGUCAGUAGAUCACAAAAUAUUCUAAAACUAUUUAUGAAAUAAAAAUUAAAUAGUGUCAUUUUGAAAGGAGAUCUUAUGAUAUUGCAUUAUGGUUAUUCGUAAAUUUAUAUUUUAAGUUUUCAUAGGAGGGUAAGGCUUAAAAUUAAAUGGUAACUUAAUCAGAUAUUUUACCAAAUCGUUUGGAAUUUAGGCAUAAUUAUUACAUAUAUUAAUGUUAUUACAAAAUUGUCAUUCUUAGUUUCAUUAUUAUAGAAAAUAUAAGUUUAUAUACUACACAAUUAUUGUUGCGUAUUCAUUGAUUUAUAAUAGUUAUUAGGAAUAUUUUAGUCAUAUCAUAAGAGAUAAUUAUAUUGUUUAUUGUUAUAAAUGUAUUUUAUUAGUACGUAUAUAAUAUUUUGUUUCUUUGAUAUAUUCGCUAAAUAAAUAAUAUGUAAAGUAAAAAUUGUUUACUUAAAAAGAUAAAAAUAGGUUUAUUACAUCACUAAUAAGUCAAAAUUUAUAGUCGAAGUAAUAUAAUAAAUAACCUUUUAAAAAUAGUAAUUAUGAAAUAUAUUUACGUACAUAAUAAAGUAUAUUAUAUAUAUAUGUUCGUCUAAAUAAUGGAAAAAAUACUAACGUUAAAAAAAUACUGAAGGCUUAAUCAUUAAAUGAAAUGAUAAUAUUUUAUAAAUUUGAGAUAUUGUUCGACGUUAUAAUGAAUAUCGUUAUUAUAACGUUUAACAAUUUUAUAGUAAACACAUGUUUUCAAAAAAGCUAUUUAUAGUAUACAAAAUAUCGCAUCUUUGAUGUUGACCGGUGAGGAGUUCCUUUGCCUGGAAUGGCCUUUGUCAGGGUGUAGAAACAAGUCGUGUUUAACAUAAAAUUGCAUUAUCACUGAAAUUUAACCCAUUAAUUAAAAUUUUAACUUCCUAGGUUCUAAUUCAGCUUGCAAGAUUUAACCUAAAAAAUCAAACAAACAUUGCAAGCUAAAUAAAAACUUCUUACAAUAAACAGUUAUGUUUAUCUGUGGAUAUUGAUUUAUUAUUUAUGAAAUUGAUAAUCUAUUACUUUGUUUUAUCUGUGUUAAUGUUGUUUAAUUGGUUUAAAUACAUAUUCGAGUGUAUAAACGUAGAAGGUUACAAAACAGCCAAAUGCCUUUUAUUAUAAGAGAUGUUAUAAGAUUACAUAUAUUACUUAUUAUAACUAUAAUAUUAUACAAAUAUGUCAUUUAUCAAAGUUACAAUUAAAUUUGUAUUGUAGAUUUUCCAAAUAAAGUUUGGACAUAAA